AUGAGCACCACUCCUGACAAGGUACAAAAGCGCUCCGCUUUCAGGAAAGCCCUCUCCAUCUUCUCCUCGUCCUCUUCCAACAAGUCAACCAAGUCCAAACGCUCCUCAACCUCCUCUGCUAAAGUAAAGAUGGCCCCUCGCGUCGCUAUCGUUAUCUACACCAUGUACGGCCACAUCGCCAAGCUGGCCGAGGGCGCUAAGAAGGGUAUUGAGGCUGCUGGCGGCUCUGCCACUAUCUACCAGAUCCCCGAGACCCUCCCCGCUGAGAUCCUCGCCAAGAUGCACGCUCCCGAGAAGCCCCAGUACCCUAUCAUUGACGUCGCCAACCUCCCCAACUUCGAUGCCUUCCUCUUUGGUAUUCCCACCCGUUACGGCAACUUCCCCGGCCAGUGGAAGACCUUCUGGGACUCCACCGGCCAGCUCUGGAUGCAGGGUGCCCUCGCGGGCAAGUUCGCCGGCAUCUUCGUCUCGACGAGCACGCCCGGCGGCGGCCAGGAGUCGACAAUCAUCAACUCGCUCUCGACGCUCGUGCACCACGGCAUCACGUACGUGCCGCUGGGCUACAAGAACGCGUUCGCCCAGCUGAGCAACAUCGACGAGGUCCGCGGCGGCUCGCCCUGGGGCGCAGGCACCUUUGCGGGCGGCAACGGCGCGCGCCAGCCGAGCGCGCUCGAGCUUGAGGUUGCCGAGAUUCAGGGCAAGACGUUCUAUGAGUAUGUUAACAAGUUCCAGUUCUAGGCGCUGCGCUGGGGAGCUGGUGCUGUAAACGGUGUCUUGGAUAGAAGCUUGCGGUUGGCGUAGAUAGUGUAAGACUUUCGAUUACAGAAUAAUCAAAAUAUAAAAUCUCUAUCCCUUUGCCUUGGUCC